CGCCCCGCACCCGCGCCCCGCGGCCGGCUCGGCAGGGCGGCGGCGGCCCCGGCGGCCCCGGGCGGCGGCGGCGGAGGGAUCCGCGGCGGCCAUGGCGGCCCCGUGACGCCGCCGCCCCGCCCCGCCGCCGCCCUGCCCGGCGCGAUGGAGAAGGCGCCCGAGCUGCUGCCCAAGGGCCGCGCGGCCGGCGGCGCCCGGAGCCCGGCGGGAGGGGCGGCCACCAACGGCGGGCGGGCGGCGAGCGAGCCCGACAGCGGCGGCAGCGACGACGAGCACGAUGUGGGGAUGCGAGUCGGCGCGGAGUUCCAGGCGCGGGUCCCCGACUUCGACCCAGGUGCCACCAAGUACACAGACAAAGACAAUGGAGGAAUGCUCGUGUGGUCCCCUUACCACACCGUCCCCGAUGCCAGACUGGACGAAUACAUCGCAGUCGCCAAGGAGAAGCAUGGCUACAACGUGGAGCAGGCGCUGGGCAUGCUCUUCUGGCACAAGCACAGCAUCGAGAAGUCCCUGGCUGACCUCCCCAACUUCACUCCCUUCCCCGACGAGUGGACGGUGGAAGACAAAGUCCUGUUUGAACAGGCCUUCAGCUUUCACGGCAAGAGCUUCCACAGGAUUCAGCAGAUGCUUCCAGAUAAGACAAUCGCCAGCCUUGUAAAAUAUUACUACUCCUGGAAAAAAACCCGGUCGAGGACAAGCCUGAUGGACCGCCAGGCUCGCAAACUAGCAAACAGACACAACCAGGGGGACAGCGACGACGACGUUGGGGAAACGCAGCCGAUGGAUGGGAACGAUAGCGACUAUGACCCCAAAAAGGAAGCCAAGAAAGAGCAGGGCGGCGCCGAGCAGCCCGUGCCGAGCGGCAAGCUGGGGCUGGGGAGAAGGGAGUACCAGAGCCUGCAGCACCGCCACCACUCCCAGCGCGCCAAGUGCCGGCCGCCCAAGGGCAUGUACCUGACGCAGGAGGACGUGCUCGCCGUCUCCUGCAGCCCCAGCGCGGCCAGCACCAUCCUGCGGCAGCUGGACAUGCAGCUGGUCUCUCUCAAGCGCCAGGUUCAGAAUGCUAAGCAAGUAAACAGCGCACUGAAGCAGAAAAUGGAAGGUGGGAUCGGAGAGUUCAAACCGCCUGAGUCAAAUCAGAAAAUUAAUGCCCGUUGGACCACAGAGGAGCAGCUCCUAGCAGUGCAAGGUGUCCGCAAAUAUGGUAAAGAUUUUCAAGCUAUUGCAGAUGUAAUUGGCAACAAGACUGUUGGCCAAGUGAAGAACUUCUUUGUAAACUACAGGCGUCGGUUUAACUUAGACGAGGUAUUGCAGGAGUGGGAAGCAGAACAAGGAACCCAGGCUUCUCAUGGUGGCGCUCCUGCUUUAGGGGAGGAGACAAGAUGUGCUUCUCCUGUGCCCUCAGGGAAGAACGCUGAGGAAGGAGAGGAGGCCCAGACGCCGCACGCCCCUCGCUCCCUGGGCCCGUCGUCUCCCGCCCCGUCGGCCCCGUCGGCCCCGGCCCCGUCGUCCGCCCCGACGCCGCCAGCCCCCGUGGCCGUGGCCGCUCUGAACCAGCCUCCGCCCCUGCUCCGCCCGGCGCCGCCCAGCGCCCCGGCCCUCCACCGGCAGCCGCCCCCGCUGCAGCAGCAGGCCCGCUUCGCGCAGCCCCGGCCCGCGCUCCACCAGCCGCCGCCGCUCAUCCGGCCCGCUAGCUCGCUGCCGCCGCGCCUCAACCCCAGGCCUGUGCUGGCCGCCGGCGCCGGGCAGCAGCCCCCGUCCCUCGUCGGCAUCCAGACGGAGCCGCAGCCCUCGCUGCACUAGAUGGAGCUGCGGUCCUCGCUGCAGCAGACGGAGCCGCGGUCCUCGCUGCACUAGACGGAGCCGCGGCCCUCGCUGCACUAGAUGGAGCCGCGGCCCUCGCUGCAGCAGACGGAGCCGCGGCCCUCGCUGCACUAGACGGAGCCGCGGCCCUCGCUGCAGCAGACGGAGCCGCAGUCCUCACUGCACUAGACGGAGCCGCGGUCCUCGCUGCAGCAGACGGAGCUGCGGUCCUCGCUGCAGCAGACGGAGCCGCAGUCCUCGCUGCACUAGACGGAGCCGCAGCCCUCGCUGCACUA